AAUCCACAGUUCGACACGAGAGCUCAGCGAGUGCGGACGGGCAAAGCGGAAAAAUAAAGAAAAUAUUUAAGGAAAGCGGUCGUAACGCCAAAUCAAGGUGUAGAUAACAAAAUCGCGAUUCAUAAAGCGUGCAACAACCACUUCGACCACAACAAUAGCAACAUUUAGCUAAUCUGUGUGUUUAAGCCAAGUCAAUCAAGCGCGUCUUGUUGUGUCUCUGUGUGCCACGUGAGCGCAGGAAGCCUAAGGCUAAACACUGGCAUCUGUAAUCAGUGUGACAAGACAAGUGUGUGUCUAUUGAGGAAGGAAAGUGCAAAGCAUUGAGAACAGAACAGAACAAAACAGAACAGAAUAGAGAUGCCUGAGAUUGUGGAGCUCAACGUUGGCGGCGUUCACUACACAACGACGCUGAAUACUCUGCUGCAGGACAAGUCGACGCUGCUGCACGAACUGUUUGCUGGCCCCGAGGGUCGCGACACCCUAGCCAAGGACAGCAAAGGCCGUUAUUUUCUGGACCGUGAUGGUGUCCUCUUCCGCUACAUACUCGACUUUCUGCGGGACAAAGCUCUCCAGCUGCCCGAGGGUUUCCGCGAACGUCAGCGUCUUCAGCGCGAGGCCGAGCACUUUAAACUCACGGCGAUGCUCGACUGCAUACGCGGCGACAGAGACGCUCGACCGCCGGGCUGCAUCACGAUUGGCUAUCGCGGCAGCUUCCAGUUCGGCAAGGACGGCCUGGCUGAUGUCAAGUUCCGCAAGCUGUCGAGGAUUCUUGUGUGCGGUCGUGUGGCCCAGUGUCGCGAGGUCUUUGGCGAUACGCUGAACGAGUCCCGGGACCCGGAUCAUGGUGGUCCCGAUCGCUAUACGUCGCGCUUCUUCCUCAAGCAUUGCUUCAUCGAGCAGGCCUUUGACAAUCUGCACGAUCAUGGUUAUCGCAUGGCAGGCAGCUGUGGAUCUGGCACUGCGGGAUCCGCGGCCGAGCCAAAGCCGGGCGUGGACACGGAAGAGAAUCGCUGGAAUCAUUACAAUGAGUUUGUCUUCAUACGGGAUUAAGUAAAGUUCGAUACCCCCACACCUGCUUCCCGAUCUGCUUAUGUUUGUGAUAACAAAUGGAAAAACGUAAAUGAGAAACCAACACACUACAAAAAAUAUCAUAGAGAAAUAUGAAUACUCUUCCUAGCAUAUCGUCAAAUUCGAAGGGGAAGGGGAAAAGUAGCUAAAGAUAUUCUUCUUAAGUAAAUUCCAUUAUUCAAAAUCGGAACUGAGUAAACAACAAAAGAAAACAUAAUCUCGCCACUUGAUGAUUUAAGCCCACCUUUAUAAGUAUUCCAAAUGGGAACAUUUCAAAUGUACAAUUUAUGUAUCUAACAACAAUCCCAGUAAGAAAUUGAGCAAAUUUGUUUCAUUUACCUGUCAAUAACUCUCUCUCUUGAAACUCAAAUAAUCUAAUGCAAUUUAUUCGACUAUAAACUCUGGCUGAUUCAUUCACGCGAUGAAAAGCGAAAACUUUGAAAUUCUAUUUGAAAAUGAUGAAAAUAGUAAAUCACAAUUUCAAGUAUAAACAAGAUUUAGCAAUAAAUUUCUAAACAAUAUACAUAGAAGUAGGGCAGCUGUAAGCUAUCACAAUGAACUAUUUAAAAUACGGGUCACUUCUUGAGCAAAUAGAUUGAACAAACAAAUAAAAUAUUUACUAAUAAAGUCUCCGCCAGGUAAAAAGAAAAAUACGAGUAUACUUAUAUGAAGAAAUAUCUUGCUUUGUAGGAUACUUAAAAACGAAUUACUAACAAUGGAUAAAGUACAACAAGAGCAAUAACAAUGCAAUGCAGAUAAAUAAAUAAAGGAAAAUAAUAAAAAACAAAAACAAAAAGAAAACAGAAAUGAAAGGAAUACUACUUAUAUUUGGAAAACACACACUGUGAAAACAUCUGGCACCCAAAGGAAACCCAUGAAAGUUUGCCAUAAACGCAGCCAAUAAAAAAUAAGCAAACAUACAAUAUUUAGUUUACACACAUACACACACAGCGAUUGAAUCAAUAUGCACAAAUACAAAAUAUGGUUUUCCUUUUCAAUAUCGAACAAAAGCAUCGAGGGUGAGGGAAAACUGUCAUCCAAAUGUCUCGCAAAUGAUGCUGUCAAUGAGCAUAUCUAUCUGUAGCUGAAGCUGUAUUGUAUCUGUAUCUAUAGCUGUUGCUGUAAAUGUAAACUAAAGUGUGGCGCGAUAAAUUUUACAUCAAAACAGAAACCAAACAAACUGACAGAUGGCCAAAGAUUGCAAUGGAAUUGUGUGUGAAUUAAGCGCGAAUACUUUGAAGCAAGUAAUUAAUACUCUUUAAUGUUUUCUGCAUUUGUAUCUAGUUUAUAAUUUAUCCAUUUAAACGCUGAUACAAUAGAAUUAGCUUGGAAGCUUUACUUGUCACGAUUGUUAUAUGUUAAUAUAUAGAAUUUCGAGUGUUAGUUUGAAACAAUAAAAAAACUUGUCAAAGUAUCUGUAAGUGCCACAUAGUAAAAACUUGAUUUGCAACUCUUUUCCAUACAGCUUCGGACUCAACUGAAAGUGUAUUUGCCAAAAUAUAAAACUUAAAAAAACUUCCAUUAAAUGUACUACACAAAACAUACCAAAAAUUUGCUGAACUCUAUGAACAAAAAAAUAAAAACAAAAAAAAAUUGAACAAAAAAUGUCUAAGCCAUAAUUGAGGCCUCUGCUCGUAUUUAGCAAAUCAAUCAAUGUAUCGACUUUAGUGAGAACAUAUGUCAAAGCCUUUUUGAGAUCAAACAGCAUAAAGUUGAGGUCGUAUUGUUUAUGGCUUUUUCAUUGGCACAAAAACAUAAAACAUAAAUAAAUACGAGUAUUUACUUAACUAUGUAUAAAUGUGUCUGUGUGUCAUGCGAUCAAAAGCAAAUGAAAUGAUAUGAAACGAUAAUUGUAUAAUACGAAAGUCACACACACACACACUCGUAUCUCUGUGUGUGUGUGUGUACUCUGUACUAUGUAUAUUAUAUUAGCAGAAAUUUUUGGGAAAUUUGGGAAUACGAUUAUAGUAUCGACGAUAGCUGGCCCCACUAACGAGUAUAUAUACUAGUUUACGUUUGAACAAAUCUAGCGCGUAUUCAUAUACAUAUAUAC